CUAAGGAAUUCAAUUCUCUUCUCGUUCCGAUUCUCACCAAGCCCGCUUUAUUAGUGUCAGAACCUCCUUUUUUUUUUUCUUCCUCCGUAGAUCUCUCCCUCUUUUCUCUUUAGAGGUCCAACUUACUUCCAGAUCUCGCACCGAUUUGUAUCACUCUUUUGACUCUUCUUCCUCUUCCAAUUCAAUCGCCGCCGCAGAUCUCACUCUUCCAUCCAAGCCGUCAUGGCGGCCGCUAACGCUCCGAUCGCCAUGAAAGAAGCUCUCACUUUGCCGAGCAUUGGCAUAAAUCCGCAGUUCAUCACGUUCACGCAUGUGACAAUGGAGUCCGAUAAGUAUAUAUGCGUUCGAGAAACGGCUCCGCAGAAUAGCGUGGUUAUCGUUGAUAUGAACAUGCCGAAUCAGCCUUUGAGGAGGCCUAUUACUGCAGAUUCCGCUCUUAUGAAUCCCAAUUCCAGAAUCCUUGCCUUGAAAGCUCAACUCCAAGGAACAACUCAAGAUCACCUACAAAUUUUUAAUAUUGAAAUGAAAGCGAAGAUGAAAUCGUAUCAGAUGCCCGAGCAGGUGGUCUUUUGGAAAUGGAUUACCCCCAAGUUGUUGGGUCUUGUGACACAAACCUCUGUAUACCAUUGGUCAAUUGAAGGUGACUCAGAACCUGUCAAGAUGUUUGAGAGAACAGCGAAUUUAGCAAACAAUCAAAUAAUUAAUUAUCGAUGUGAUCCUUCAGAAAAAUGGUUGGUCUUGAUUGGUAUUGCUCCAGGUUCCCCUGAGAGGCAACAAUUGGUUAAAGGAAACAUGCAGCUCUUCUCUGUGGAUCAACAACGAAGCCAGGCUCUUGAAGCGCAUGCUGCAUCAUUUGCUCAAUUUAAAGUUCCUGGGAAUGAAAAUCCUUCUGUUUUGAUUUCUUUUGCCACUAAGACACUUAAUGCUGGUCAAAUUAUAUCCAAGUUGCAUGUUAUUGAGCUGGGUGCUCAGCCAGGGAAGCCAUCGUUUACAAAGAAACAAGCUGACCUUUUCUUUCCCCCAGAUUUUGCUGAUGAUUUUCCAGUUGCCAUGCAGAUAUCCCACAAAUACAGUUUGAUUUAUGUGAUUACGAAACUUGGUCUCCUAUUUGUCUAUGAUUUGGAGACUGCUACUGCUGUAUAUAGGAACAGAAUUAGUCCUGAUCCUAUAUUUUUGACAUCAGAAGCUACAUCAGUUGGAGGCUUUUAUGCUAUUAACAGGAGAGGCCAGGUGUUAUUGGCUACUGUUAAUGAGCAAACGAUUGUGAAUUUUGUCAGUGGUCAACUAAACAAUUUGGAGCUAGCGGUUAAUCUUGCCAAGCGAGGAAAUCUUCCUGGUGCUGAGAAAUUGGUGGUUGAACGAUUCCAUGAACUGUUUGCCCAAACAAAGUAUAAAGAAGCAGCUGAGCUUGCAGCUGAAUCUCCACAAGGAAUCCUUCGCACUCCUGAUACAGUUGCAAAAUUUCAGAGUGUUCCUGUGCAAGCAGGGCAAACUCCUCCACUAUUGCAGUAUUUUGGAACACUUUUGACAAGAGGAAAGCUGAAUGCCUUUGAGUCAUUAGAAUUGUCAAGGCUGGUAGUAAACCAGAACAAGAAAAACCUUUUGGAGAAUUGGUUGGCAGAGGACAAGCUUGAAUGCAGUGAGGAACUAGGAGAUCUUGUAAAGACUGUGGAUAAUGAUCUUGCUUUAAAAAUAUACAUCAAAGCCAGAGCUACUCCAAAAGUUGUUGCUGCUUUUGCUGAGAGAAGGGAAUUUGACAAGAUUCUAAUAUACUCUAAGCAGGUUGGCUACACACCUGACUAUCUCUUCCUUUUGCAAACAAUUCUCCGAUCAGAUCCUCAGGGUGCUGUUAAUUUUGCAUUAAUGAUGUCGCAAAUGGAGGGAGGUUGCCCAGUUGAUUAUAACACCAUAACUGAUUUAUUUCUUCAGAGAAAUCUGAUCCGUGAGGCAACUGCCUUUCUCCUAGAUGUUCUGAAACCAAAUCUACCAGAACAUGGGUUCCUUCAAACUAAGGUGUUGGAGAUAAAUCUGGUUACUUUCCCUAAUGUUGCAGAUGCAAUUUUGGCUAAUGGCAUGUUCAGUCAUUAUGACCGUCCUCGUAUUGCCCAACUUUGUGAAAAAGCUGCUCUUUAUGUACGAGCUUUGCAACAUUACACAGAGUUGUCAGAUAUAAAACGUGUGAUUGUAAAUACACAUGCAAUUGAACCACAGUCACUUGUUGAAUUUUUUGGCACUCUAUCACGAGAAUGGGCAUUAGAGUGCAUGAAAGACUUAUUGCUAGUCAAUCUUAGAGGCAACCUACAGAUUAUUGUGCAGGUUGCCAAAGAAUAUUGUGAACAGUUGGGCAUUGAUGCCUGCAUAAAGAUUUUUGAGCAAUUCAGGUCAUAUGAAGGGUUGUAUUUUUUCCUGGGAUCAUAUUUGAGCUCCAGUGAGGAUCCUGACAUUCACUUUAAGUACAUUGAGGCAGCAGCAAAGACUGGACAAAUCAAAGAGGUUGAGCGUGUGACUAGAGAAUCAAGUUUCUAUGAUGCUGAGAAAACAAAGAACUUUCUAAUGGAGGCUAAGCUUCCCGAUGCACGACCUCUGAUUAAUGUUUGUGACCGAUUUGGAUUUGUUCCAGAUCUAACACACUAUCUAUACACAAGCAACAUGCUUCGCUACAUUGAAGGUUAUGUUCAGAAGGUGAACCCAGGGAAUGCUCCUUUAGUCGUUGGGCAGCUUUUAGAUGACGAGUGUCCAGAAGAUUUUAUCAAAGGCUUGAUUCUCUCUGUUCGUUCCUUACUGCCGGUGGAGCCCCUUGUGGAGGAGUGUGAGAAGAGGAAUCGGCUUCGUUUGCUCACACAGUUUUUGGAACAUCUUGUAAGCGAGGGAAGCCAGGAUGUACAUGUUCACAAUGCACUGGGUAAAAUCAUCAUUGAUAGCAACAAUAAUCCGGAACAUUUUCUCACUACCAACCCAUACUAUGAUUCUCGAGUUGUGGGCAAAUAUUGUGAGAAACGUGAUCCCACCUUAGCAGUUGUAGCUUAUAGGCGUGGACAAUGUGAUGAUGAACUUAUCAAUGUGACAAACAAAAAUUCUUUGUUUAAACUACAAGCAAGAUAUGUUGUUGAGCGGAUGGAUGCUGAUCUUUGGGACAAAGUUCUUAACCCUGAUAAUGCCUACAGAAGGCAACUUAUUGAUCAGGUUGUAUCUACAGCUCUGCCUGAAAGCAAGAGCCCUGAACAAGUAUCUGCUGCUGUUAAGGCUUUCAUGACAGCUGAUCUACCUCAUGAAUUGAUCGAGCUUCUUGAGAAGAUUGUCCUUCAGAAUUCUGCAUUCAGUGGCAAUUUUAAUCUGCAGAAUCUACUUAUUUUAACAGCAAUAAAGGCUGAUCCAUCCAGAGUUAUGGAUUAUAUUAAUAGACUGGAUAAUUUUGAUGGGCCUGCAGUGGGAGAUAUGGCUGUUGAGGCUCAAUUAUAUGAGGAAGCAUUUGCAAUUUUCAAGAAGUUCAACUUAAAUGUCCAGGCAGUCAAUGUCUUGUUAGACAAUAUUCAUAGCAUUGAUAGAGCUGUGGAGUUUGCUUUCCGAGUUGAAGAAGAUGCUGUUUGGAGUCAGGUGGCCAAAGCUCAACUAAGGGAAGGACUAGUAAGUGAUGCCAUUGAGUCCUUUAUACGAGCAGACGAUACUACACAAUUUUUGGAUGUUAUCCGUGCUGCUGAAGAUGCCAAUGUUUACCAUGACCUGGUGAGAUACUUGCUGAUGGUUCGGCAGAAGACUAAAGAGCCCAAGGUGGACAGUGAGCUCAUUUAUGCAUAUGCAAAGAUUGAUAGGCUCAGUGACAUUGAGGAGUUCAUUCUUAUGCCAAAUGUAGCCAAUCUUCAAAAUGUUGGUGACCGAUUGUAUGAUGAAGAACUAUAUGAAGCUGCCAAAAUCAUAUUUGCCUUUAUAUCUAACUGGGCCAAGUUAGCAGUUACACUUGUGAAGUUGAAACAGUUCCAAGGUGCAGUUGAUGCAGCAAGGAAAGCUAACAGUGCAAAAACAUGGAAGGAAGUUUGCUUUGCCUGUAUUGAUGCAGAGGAGUUCCUUUUGGCCCAAAUAUGUGGGCUUAACAUUAUUAUUCAGGUGGAUGACUUGGAAGAGGUCAGUGAAUAUUACCAAAAUAGAGGUUGCUUCAACGAACUAAUAUCCCUCAUGGAGAGUGGUUUAGGUUUAGAACGGGCACAUAUGGGUAUCUUCACUGAGUUGGGAGUUCUAUAUGCUAGAUAUCGUCCUGAGAAGCUUAUGGAACAUAUCAAACUAUUUGCAACCCGGCUCAACAUUCCAAAGCUUAUAAGAGCUUGUGACGAACAACAACAUUGGAAGGAGCUGACCUAUUUGUACAUUCAAUAUGACGAGUUUGAUAAUGCUGCAACAACCAUCAUGAACCAUUCACCUGAAGCAUGGGACCAUAUGCAAUUCAAAGAUGUUGUCGUCAAAGUUGCUAAUGUUGAGUUGUAUUACAAGGCCGUUCAUUUCUAUUUACAAGAACAUCCUGAUCUUAUCAAUGAUGUUCUGAAUGUCCUUGCUCUUCGUGUUGAUCAUGCACGUGUUGUUGACAUCAUGCGAAAGGCUGGUCAUCUCCGUCUUGUCAAGCCAUACAUGGUUGCAGUUCAGAGUAACAAUGUGUCUGCUGUUAAUGAAGCCCUGAAUGAAAUAUAUGUCGAGGAGGAAGACUAUGAUAGAUUGCGCGAGUCAAUUGAUUUGCAUGAUAACUUUGACCAAAUAGGCCUUGCACAAAAGAUUGAAAAGCAUGAGUUUCUUGAGAUGAGGCAUGUUGCUGCUUACAUUUACAAGAAGGCAGGUAGAUGGAAGCAGUCCAUUGCAUUGUCUAAAAAGGAUAACCUUUACAAAGAUGCCAUGGAGACAGCUUCACAAUCUGGUGACCGUGAACUUGCUGAGGAGUUGCUUGUUUAUUUCAUUGAUCAGGGAAAGAAAGAAUGCUUUGCCUCGUGUCUAUUUGUUUGCUAUGAUUUGAUCCGGGCAGACAUUGCUAUCGAGUUGGCCUGGAUGAACAACAUGAUUGACUUUGCCUUCCCAUAUCUCUUGCAGUUUAUCCGCGAGUACACUGGCAAAGUUGAUGAACUGGUGAAGGACAAGAUUGAAGCUCAGAACCAAGUGAAGGCUAAAGAGCAAGAAGAGAAGGAAGUAAUUGCACAACAGAAUAUGUAUGCUCAGUUGUUGCCUCUUGCUUUGCCCGCACCACCAAUGCCUGGAAUGGGAGGCUUUGCCCCUCCCCCUCCAAUGGGUGGAUUGGGGAUGCCUCCAAUGCCUCCUUUCGGUAUGCCACCCAUGGGCAGCAGCUACUGACAGGAAAGCGGCCAUGAGCUCAAAUGUAUACAGGGAGCAACGUAGCAGCUUGGUUAUUUUCAAACAUUUUCUUCUGGGAUUUUAAUGCAGUAUUCUUUCCUUGCUUCUAUUGGAGGAGGUUCUAGUCAAAAUAAUUUCGAGUUUCUGUUCGGGGGUUUGUGUCAUAUUUUUGUAAUAUUUUUUAUAGUUGAGGCAUUUUUUGGGCUUCUCUUACGAGCUAGCCGAGGAUUUUCUGUAUGUAGCCAUUUUUCUUGUAUUAAAUGAUGGUCCAAAGCAUAAUACGAAAUAGACCGACUUUGACUCCUA